AACCAAUCAAAUUCUUAGGGCGAGGAACGCUGUAGUCUAUACAAGAUGGCGUACGCGGUUGUUUUCCAGCUACAAUAUUGAGCGAAUUGCAGAAAUUUGUCGUCUAAAUUAAUUAAUUACAGUAGUGUAGUCCCUUCGUAAUUGUUUGCUAUAAGCCGUAGAGACGCGGAAUAUCCAUCAUGAAAGGAAAAGAAAGGUCGCCAGUGAAAAAACGCUCCAGGGCCGUGGACGAUGUUCGAGACAGGGGAGGAAGCCACCCGAGCAGUAAGAAAAUGGGGGUUGUGGCAAUUUCUGGCGGAAGCAACAAUGGAAAUAGCUCUUCCAAAAGCGAAGGAGGUUCGGCGAGAAGGAGUUUACUUGGAGACAAAAGGGAUAGUCGGGACUUUGACGGACAUGCUUCUAGUCGCACGGGAAACAGUCACGGCUACACCGGCCCCGUUGCUAGCGCUAGCAGCAAGAAUCACAACUCGAGCCUGUCGCUCGAAGCGGCCGCGAGAGGCAACUCGCGUUCAGACCAGCGCAGCCAGCUCGCAGCUAACGAGAGUGAGUACAAAACGCUCAAAAUAAGCGAACUGGGGUCGCAGCUGAGCGACGAGGAGAUCGAGGACGGUUUGUUUCACGAGUUCAAGAAAUUCGGCGACGUGAGCGUGAAAAUUAGCCGCGUUAACGACGAAAGAAUAGCUUUUGUGAACUUCAGGAGGCCUGACGAUGCCAGGGCGGCGAAACACGCUCGAGGGCGCCUGGUACUCUAUGACCGCCCUUUGAAAAUCGAGGCGAUGUACAUGAACAAAAGGAAAAGUCGAUCACCCGUGGAGAAAGACCACUUUUCUGCCGUGGCUGGCCACAGACAUUUGCACACCCAGAGGCCUCUGUCCCCUACUGGACUAGGUUAUAGGGACUACAGGCUCCAGCAGUUAGCACUUGGUCGACUUCCUCCACCCCCACCGCCUCCCCUACCCAGAGAGCUGGAGAGAGAAAGAGAGUUUGCCUUUUAUGAAGCCAGAGCAAGACCCACCUACAUCGCUGAACGAGCUGCUGCCUUUCGCGAAGAGGAUUUUAUUUCUCCCGAGGACGACCAAAGAGCUAACCGAACGUUGUUUUUGGGUAACUUGGACAUUACAGUAACAGAAAAUGAUCUGAGGAGGGCAUUUGACCGCUUUGGGGCCAUCACUGAAGUGGACAUCAAGAGACCCACCCGGGGCCAAAACAGCACGUAUGGCUUUCUUAAGUUUGAGAACUUGGACAUGGCCCACAGAGCAAAGAUUAGCAUGUCAGGAAAAGUGGUCGGCCGAAAUGCUAUUAAAAUUGGUUACGGAAAGGCGACCCCAACAACACGCCUCUGGGUGGGGGGCCUUGGACCAUGGGUUCCCGUUGCUGCGUUAGCACGGGAGUUUGAUCGAUUUGGCACUAUUAGGACUAUAGAUUACAGGAAAGGGGACACGUGGGCCUACAUUCAGUAUGAAAGCUUGGAUGCUGCUCAGGCAGCUUGCACAAACAUGCGUGGUUUUCCUCUUGGAGGCCAGGACCGACGGCUGAGAGUGGAUUUUGCAGACACCGAGCACCGCUACCAGCAGCAGUUCCUGCAGCCACUCCCGCUCCCGCCCCACUACGAGGUCAUGGCUGAGUCUUUUGUUCACCGUGCAACCCCUGAAGCUAUCAGGGUCCGAGAAAGAACUCCCCCACCACUGCAUUUUAGAGAACGGGAGCUCUAUGCUGGUGUGGAGUGGCCAGCCCCUGCCAUCCGUGAACGUGUAAGAACUCCUGCAUUUGAACCUCUGGAGCACUUGGAACGAGAUCGACGGCCCAGAGAGCCAUGGUCCCUGGAGCGGGAGCUGCCGAGCAGAGAUGCUGCAAGAAAACGGCGCCUUCUAGAGGAUGGACGGCACCUAGACUGUUCACCCGACAGCAGCAGUGAGUGGGCAGUCCGGCGCCGGAGAGCCCCAUCCACUGAGGGCAGCCCAGGAGGUAGUAGUCGCGACGGCCGCUUCAGCGACUCUGAGCGUCCUAUGAGGGCAGAGCGGCUGUCACCGGCACGAGAGCACCGCAGCAGCCUAGACAGGGCUCCUGGAGAGAAGCGCCUCAAGAGCAACAGCAGCCUGUCUGAGUCCAGCAUUGGUGCAAGCCCGUCAGAAAGAAAACGCAAAGCAAAUGAAGCGAGCAAAGGGCCUUCAAAGAGAGAGCGAGCUGAAGGUAGCUCCAAGGGCAGUCAGUCAUCCAAGCAGGACACUGGUGGGAAGCUGAGCAUGGCCUGGAAUGGAAUGCUGCUCCUGAAGAAUAGCAAUUUCCCAGCCAGCAUGCACAUCCUGGAGGGAGACCCGAGUGUGGCCAACACCCUCCUGGUCGACAGCACGGGAGGGAAGGUGACGCAGCUCCGCAUCACACAGCGCCUUCGGCUCGACCAGCCCAAGAUGGAUGAGGUGUCACGCCGCAUCAAAGUGGCAGGCCCAGGUGGGUAUGCCAUUCUCCUUGCUGUUCCUGCCAGCUCCGAGGAUGCAUCUUCAUCCUCCUCAUCGACAGACCCAGCGGCUUCGACCCAGCGUCCUCUGCGCAACCUGGUCUCGUAUCUGAAACAAAAGCAGGCAGCCGGGGUAAUCAGUUUACCCGUGGGGGGCACUCGCGAUAAGGACAACGCGGGGGUGCUGCACGCGUUCCCACCCUGCGAUUUCUCUCAGCAGUUCUUAGAUUCCUCUGCAAAAGCUCUUGCCAAAACAGAAGAGGACUAUCUUGUCAUGAUCAUUGUCCGUGGAGCAUCCUAACAAUCAGAACACAAACAAGAAAAAAGCAUUGUUAUAAAAAAAAGAAAUGUCUCAUUUGCAUGCUCUGUUAAGCCUGGUGCAGCAACCAUAGUUUAAACAGUUAUUAAAAGGGUAUGUGUCAUCUGUUCUGCCAAAUGCAAUGCAUGAAAAACAUCUCGUAUAGCAAAAUUGGUUUUCAUAUUGCAAUAUUUGCUCACCAUUGCAAGUUGAGUUUCCAAACCAAAUCAUUGUGAUACUGUGCAACUGUUUGAAAGAGUGAAAGAUAAAAGGUAGACACAAUUUGAAAACUGAAGAUUUACACUAUACACUGUACUGCUGAAAAUCUUAUACAUGUUUGUUUAGCCAUUAGAUUGUAAGCAGUUCCCUAUAUGGAUAUUAACAAGAAUGUUGUUUCAUGUAGGUAUAUUCUAUAUAUUUUUUAUUUAAAAAAAAAAAAAGAAGAGGAGGUUAUUGAGUCAUUGGGGUUUAACGCUCGGAACAAUCAGUUAAUGAUGAAGAGAAAGUGUAACAUAGGCCUAGGUGUGUAGUUCUAUAGUUCACCUAAACAGUCCAGGUAUUUCUCACUUAAAACUGCAUGUUGACUGUUGUCCUGUUUUGAAACCGUUACGGGGUAGUUCACAGUCUAAAGUUUGCAGACUAUAAACUAAUGUAUACACAACUGUACUUUAGUAUUGAAGUGUUUAUCAGUGUGUAACUGGGCAAGCAUUUAAUGAGGCUACAAAUUUUCUCCCAGAUUUUAUUAUACCCAAGGCAUCUUGUAAUAUGAAUCAGUGAUUAUUUUGGUCUUUUAAUUCUAACAUGUUUCAAAACCACCAUUUGCACAGACAAUUGCACAUAGCUUAUCCUUUUUUUUUGUAUUUGACAAGAUCAUCUGAAAAAAUAGUUCUAUUGAGACAAUUUCCAUUUUUACUUUGCUUUUUGCUCUUCCCUAAUAAUUUCUGUAGUCAUCCACUAGUUUUUACUGAUUUCAGUGCUUUUAUUGUUUUUUUUUGGUUUUUUUUUAUUUUAAAGUAAUCUUGCCCGUAGAACACAGUACAAAAAUCAAAGAACACUUGAUAGAAUAGCAGUAUAUAAUGCAUGUGGCUUUUUUUUCUCGUUUUUGUCAGCAUUGGCCUCAGUUUUGUUCAAUAUGCCACAUUAAAGGAAUUGUUAAAUUGAUGUCCAGGUACUAAAAUGUGAGUGGAAACGUGUUCCUUCCAAUUUGAUAAACAUAAUAAUGCCUAUGGUGAUGUAAUUCUUCUAUGAUCUAUAUUCCCUCAUAUAUUAACACACUUUAAUUGUCAGCUUUAGGCAUACUUGAAGCAGGGCUGUACAAUUAGAAGUGAUCAAAGUAUUUAGUAUUUUUCAAUACAUUAAUAAUGACUAUGGUUCAGUGCAAAAACACAGAAGCGCUGUAAUUGGUCAGCACAUGUGAUUGUGUAGUGAUCAUACCACUAAAGAGCAUGCAUUAAUUAUUGAGUCUACUUGUUUUAGUAUGCUUAAUUGUGCAGCCCUAAACUUAAGUAUGUUUUAAGUUGAAUAAUGAGCUAUGUAUGAUUAGUCUGAAUAGACAUGCAACAUACUUUUAUAACCCCCCAUCUGAAAUUUUUAGCAUUUAUAUCAAUGUUGAGGGGUUGUUUUUUUUUUGCAGUGUCUUGAGUCUGAUUAUUAACAUAAGUGUUAAUUCCAUCUGUGUUAUGCCAUCUAUCAUUUUAAAAUCACACUAAAUUGCAUUUUUAAAGCAGAUUUAAAAAUUGGUUUGUGAAUUAAGAUUAUUAAGCUGUUCUAUAUGUAUGGAUGAGUAGGAGAUACUGUACUUUCAGUAGCCAUCUCUCAGGAUGAAAAAGGACCGUUGCAACAGAGGACUUCCCAUGGCCGGAAUCAAAAAGAUUGACAGGAGCCCUUUGGAUGCAGAGGGGCAAGAGCUUUCCGUUUACUGAUUGUGUAUUCUCGCUGAGAGAGCAGCUUCACACUUGUGUAAAUGUUUUUGUGCUUACACUUCCCAUAUUUAAACGGAAAUAUGACCGUCUUGCUUUGUGGUGUGUUUACCUGGUUUCUUGAAGGAGAGGAAAAAAAGAGGAAUCGCUCAUUCACAUCUUGCACAGCUAAGAAAUAGCUGUCCACAUACACACAAAGUGCACUGGCACUUAUUUGAUUUUGUCUUACUAUCAAUAAAUUGUUUCAUUUGAGGGAGAAAUGUUCAUUCGUUGGAAAUGAAUCGAAGACCAGCUCCUGCCGUUUUGCGGUUGUAUUUCAAUGGAAUUGUUGCUGAUUGUUUCUGCUCAGGAAAAAAAAAAAAUUCCCAUAUGUGGAUCAGUGAUGACAUUAAGAGCCAAGAGCGAGAGCGUUUUAUUGCCGCGUUGUCAGUGUUUUCCAACCUUGUGUCCCGGAGUUGCCUGGCUUUGCUAAUUAACAGCCCUUGCACACUCCUGCCCUAAACCACCCCCUUAUUCCCGAGGGAAGCGAGAGCAGAAAGAAGGGGGCUUUUGCUACUGUGCUCUCUGUAGCAGGCUUGUGCUCUGCUGCUGACCAAAGUCAGAGGGGAGAUGUUGAUUGCACAGACCUUCAGAUAAGAUGCGAGUUUUGUUCCAGCACUGCCACUGGUGUCCUCCACGGUUCUUCCCUACCUGCAUCAGCUGGAAGAGGUCAGGUCUGCCGUAACCCAACUGCUUUGCAUUGGCAGCACAACCACCUGCGAAUUAAAGGUCAAAUUUGAAUGCUUUCUAUUUCGGUGGAGCAGGCAUUUGUUUACCCCAUCCUUUGGUUUUUGCACAUUUGAUUUUAUUUUUCCACUCCAUUGAGAUAUCAGUACAGGAAGAGGAUUUCCAUGAUCAGGAAAAAGGAGAGCGAUAUAGAAAGUAAAAAAAAAAAAAGCCCUUCUAGGCCCUGAAGGAAGGCUGAUAGUUUUGUCUUCCUCCACUUUGCAUUUGUGACAGAAGUAUUUAAAUCCACACCUGUCUUAAAUUGACCUGAAAUUCAAGUGUUGCCAACUAGACUGCCGGGUUCCUCAAACAGCACAACAGUUAACACACGGAGGAGGCACUUGCAAGAAGCUUCAGAUGGAGAGAAAAAAAGGCCUCCUUUCUUCCUUAGUAAGCUGUUGUGUUCACCUUCAUCACCUCUCCAUCAGGUCAUCCAGCAGUGAGUGCCUGCCUGAUGGCGGUGAGUAGGGCUAGUGGGUUUUAUACUGGGGCUGCUUCUCAAAGCCUGGCAGCGAAAGGUAAGUAUCAGUGCAGGACAGAGUAACUCACUCAUGUAGGAUUUGACUGUUUACUUUUGCCACUAAACUGACAGUUCCACAGAUUAUAUGACCCCAUGUAGCGCCAUUAUUAAUAUGACUGGAGACAAUUUUUGUCCAGUAAGUUCUGCAUUUUCAUUAAUAUGUAUUUAAACAUGUGAGUUCAUGAGCUGAAUUGACAUGUUCAGUAGUAAUUAAUAAAAAAUAAUCUUUAGCUUUUAGCUGUAAGUUAAAAAAAAAAAAACAAAAAAAAAAUCUGGUUUGCCAGACAGGUUUAACUUGCACUGUAAUUUCUGGCCAUCACCAGUUUGUGGGAUUGUGGGACUAACAUGCUUUAGAGGAGGUAAGUCUUGGACAUAUGGGGAUUUUCAUUGGUGUGUCACUUUCUGCCUUUUAGUUCAGGACUAGGAUUAAUUUUCAGAGAUUUGACUCUGGAUAGUGACUCACUGUGGACAAUUUGUUUUUAAAGGUAGGUUUGACUGCUUGCUGGGAAGCUCAAUAAUACAAGAAACUUUUAGGAUCAGACUGACUUGAAAUAUUUGAAUAGACAAGCUCAUAAAUCUUUCCUCUGUCCAUGUGAAUAUGAUCUCUAAUAUAGAAUUUACUGACUGGAAGGUGGUAACAAGACAAAAAUCCCUAAGAUAACUGAACAUGAGUGCUUCAGUGCCUGGUCAAUUUCUUUGGAGCUGUUAAAAAAAAAAAGGCCUUGUUGAGGCACCAGAUUAUAAGAGAUUUAGCAUGUGGAAAUAUUUUCUUUGUCCUCUGAGCGAUAAAAGAACAUUUAGGGUCUGAUCGAUGACGGUUCGGCUUAUAAUGCGGUUUUAAAUGUAGACACGUUAGAGAUGACUAAUCAGAAGUUGUGCUCUGAUAGGCUUUUAAUUUGCCAUCAUGUCACCUACCAGUGGUUCCCAAACCUGGUUGUGGAUUCCACUGCACUACACACGUUCAACCGCUCCAUGGUGUGCGUGUGUGAGAACAGGGAAAUUGGGAAAGAGUGAUCUAUUCUUGUUUACUGAGCGAAAAUGAAAUAUUUAGCAAAGCUAUAGCAUGCUGAGUAAUAUAAUCUACUGACCUGAUCUACUGACAAUUUGCUGAGUAAUGCACAGGUCACAGUUUAUUAUGUAAAUAUUUAGACCAGGCGUAUUGUUUUUCUUGGCAGAUUUAUGUGGAAGUCAGAACAACAGCUGGUUGGCUUCAAAUUUCUUUGACCUUGGAAGGCUGAUGUGGGAAAUGUGACUACAGCUGCAGUAGUGAAGUGGUGAGCAGUUUGUCUCCGUAAGCGUACUGUGGGUAAUAAUCUUCUCUCUUCAUUUUUGAUAUGACAGUCAGUGUUUAUUUGUAUUUAUUCACUUAUUUUUGUAACAGUACCAGUGGUGGUAUUGGAUUGUGAACUUCAGUCCAGAUCCAGUUCAUCUCUUAGUCCAUAAAGAAUCAUGAGCUACGAUUAUUACUUCCAAAUGGUGAGUAGUUGAACUUUAGUUUAUAUGUGACGUGUAUUUAGUGGAAAUCUUACUAGAUUUGUUUUUGCAAUUGCUAAAAAUAGUAUGAUUGUAUGUAGUAUUAUUUGUGGAUCUUGUUUAAAGGUGCACAAAAUGUUUGGAAUCUUGCUGAUACCAUUUAUAACUGCAUACAUGUAUCUGAAAUCACAAUAAAAGCAGUAUUUUUCUAUUGGUUUGUGUUGUUACAGUCAAGAAAGCCAUCCUUUUGAAAUCCCUAUCAGAAACCUCAUCAGAAUAGUGUAUGUUGUAAACACAGUUUAUAUGAAAUUCAAACACAUUUUCCAUUUGCUUUAAUUUCAGUUAUGAAAAACUUCACAAUCAUAAGAAGUCCACCCUUUUUUUUUUACACUUCCAAAAUUUACACAGUAACACACAUCCAUGUAUAAAAGACAGACUUUAUGUUCACACACUGAGUGGUGAGACUACACUGAGCUGACACAUUUCUUAUGCUACUUUGUAAUUGUUUUAUUCUUAAACUUCAAUCUGUGGCUCAUAGAGAUACCUUUAUUGCCAUUAAAUAUUAACUUCCAUGGCCCCAUGAGAAAAAGUCUUGGGA